AUGUGGACUCAGAUCAUUGCUCUGGCUAUCAUCGUCGGCAGUGCACAAGGCGCUGUCUUAGUCCAACCAACAAAAUUGGGUCAACGUAUUGAGCUGAAUCUUGGACACGAUGUAAGCACGUGGCACCGUCGCACAAAAGACGGUGAACAAACCAUGAAACGUUGCAGUGCUUCGGAAACCGAUCCGAAAUGCUCCGCAUUUACCAAGAAGACAAGUUGGCUGUCGUUCGUCCUCUCCUACAUGGGCCACUGUGUUAGGGAAUCACGGAAGGGAGCAAUGAGAUCAUAUCACCAGUAG